AUGGCAGCUUCCACCACCCUGAAGUUCAAGCUGAUCCUCCUUGGGGACUUUGGGGUGGGGAAGACCACUCUCUUCCAUCGCAUCCGGACGGGGCGUUUCCUGGAGGGGGCUCAUGCCCUCGGCCAGCACAUGUGCAUGUGUGAGAAAAUGCUGCCACUGAAACAUAAUCGCAGCAGCCUCCAGGCACAGAUCUCCCUGUGGGACACAGCUGGCGAGGAGCGGUUCCUGUCUCUGAGCAGCUGCUACUACCGAAGCACGGACGCGGUGCUGCUGGUGUACAGCCUCCAGGGCCUCCUCUCCUUCGACAGCCUGUCGCACUGGCUCCACGUGGCGAGGCAUUACUGCGCAGAUGCUGACAUCUUCCUCCUUGGUAAUAAGAGCGACCUGGAGAGCUGCAUUCCAGAAGAGAAGGCCGAGAAGUUUGCUGUGGAGCACGGCACGUCUGGGCGGUUCAAAGUGUCAGCCAAGACAGGUGAGAACGUGGAGCGGUGCCUGCAGGAGAUGAUGGAGCAGCUCCUCCUCAAGAAGGAAUCCCAGCACAGCGGCCUCCACGCACCGUUACAAGAAGCCUGUUACUACAGCCACUGUGGGUGCUGA